AUGGCAGAAGUCAUGGGUCGACGCAGCUAUGCAGUUCAGUCUGUUGUCCUUCAUAAACCUGCUUCUGGAUACAUGUGGCUUGACUGCGGCUCACCUGGGCAAGCUCAGGUCAAGGCACGUGAUCACCAUAACUUAACCUUAUGGUUUCCAUGCUCUCCAAAGUUCUCUUCUCGAAACCUCCUCAACAAAAGCAUCUUCCCGAACAUAUUGUGUCUGUCUUACUUGUAUAUCGCCACCUUCAUUAUGCCGUCAGACCUCCAUGUUCUCACGGAUGCAGAUUCAAUCAUUUGCACCGCAGGCAGCAUGGCCUCUUCCUUCAACUCCAUCCACGGCGAAUCGACGGCUCUCAUCGGCGCUCCGUUAAAAUUUCAUUGA